GAUAAUAGGGUAAUUAGUGGUUUGACCAAUAUGGCUGCAUGUCUGUCGAAUACAUGCAUUUUUAUGUUUUUAUUUUGCAUUCUUACAUUUCGUCGGUGGUGGGUGGGGCUAUGGGUGUGGUCUACAGAUGUCUAUAUCUUGAAUUUCUUUGAAAUCUUAUACCCCGUCUUUGAAAUCUUAUGCCGCAUCUUAACGUUAGCCCAUGUUUAAGGAUUGUGUACGAGAAAUGUGUAAAUGAACUUGGCAAUGAUAUUUCCGAGUCCAGAAAUAGUCAACAUUAAUCCUAGACAUGGUGUUGAUAUUUUACAGUCUUUUCUAGUUAGAAAUAGUCGCCCGGGUCUGAGUUCGAGAAGAGCCACACCUUGAAAUUCCGCCGCACUUAUCGAAAAGAGUAGAGAUCCUUCCCUGUGUGAGUGGAUCUUCUAAAAGGCAUGGAAAUAAACAAACCGGAUCAAAGUCUUUAGGUCUCAAAAAUAAAAGCGUGAGAAAGUACAAAACGGUCCGCCCCUUGCUCGGGCGGCUGGCAGAGCGUUGCUAUGUGGCGAAGUCGUCAAGGGUCAGACCAGGAGAACAAUACCCGCGCCCUGCACCAGCACCCCUCGUAUCGGCUACUGUUUCACUGCUGGGACCUGCUAGAAAAUACCUGGCGCUGCUUGUGGAAAAACAUCAACAGGUCUGGUUGUGGUUGUGCACGCUGUGGGAUUUUACACGCGUCCUGGCAUCGGUGUGGAACAAGCAUGAGUGGCGGGAAGGUACGCGUGAAGUCCAGCAAGCCUCGGGCAAACCUACGCAUACCCUGGCGGGACUCUACUUGGCUUACCGGCUCGAGUUCUUCCACUUCGCCGCCGUCGCGCGCGGAAAUUCACGCAUUAAGCCCGGGUUCGGUACUACGGAAGGUCGCACUACUGUAUCAGAAAAGGAAUCUAGACGAAAUAGUUUGCAUGUUGGAAUCUCUCAGCCCGGUAACUUUAUCCACGCUCGCUACCGAACUACCCAUGGAUGUGUUCAUGGACGAGUUCCCCCAAACGCUACCCAUAUUGCGAAUUUUCUACGUGAAGUUGGCUGAUCUUGACCAUUUCCCGAUCGGUAUGCCCGACGUUAUAACGUUGAUGUUGCAUCUAGCUGUUUAUACCUCCGAGCACAACAUGACGUAUACACCUGCGGGUGGACAGUGGCUACUGGCGGCGCAUCAAACACAACACCUGUACAGGUGCUGCAAUGACAUCAUAGGGAUAGCGAACCGUGUGUAUCCUGAAGUGCGAAGCCGUUUACGUGCUAAGAAGGAACAGGUCGCCACCUGCCUAAGAGGGUUAGGCGAACACGGCAUGGUGACGUAUGAAGACAGCCUGAUGCACCUAUCCGACUGCCUCCUCACGGAGUGUAACAGGAGUUUAACCGUCUUGAAGAGCACCGUGACCGCCUUGGAUGAGAUGAAGCUACCGGAGAAGUCUCAUCAUCACGACCGCAAGCACGCGUCCACCUCGUGCGGUCAUCAGAGACUCCUCUCACUCAACGUGCGGGACAUUCAGGAUAGGCUGAUCAGGAACAAGUCUCUGAUGAACGCCGUGGAUAGGACUGCAGCCUCCAGAUCGCAGCUGGCUCACUUCGUGCACCUGUUGUCGGAGCGCAUCGAAGCUGACAAGGAAGCGCUCCGGACCACCACCGAGCUACGCAAACAACUACACGUGCUCAAGCUGGACAACAAGGUGGGGUUGCUUCUGACAACUCUGUCCAGAGGGUUGGACAUGAUCCUGAAGAUGAACCCAGCACAUGUACAAUCCAGCCCCAAUGGGCAGGCAGGGGGAGACAGUGGUGGAGCGGACAGUCUGCAUCUCCAUGGAGGAGCUGCAGUUGACUCCUCUCCAACAGAACGAUCUCCCACAGAGCGACAACCUACAGAGCACUGUGCAGAUGUAAUCAUCCAGGAGGAGCCCUUACCUGGUAUCGUUCACAAACGCAAACUGGCCAUGGAGUCCAGUAAUCCACAGAGCGUCAGCAACACCGCGACCAUCCCGUCAGCAGAUGUUAGGAACAAUGAACUCACAGUUCUCAAGGAACAGUAUGCCAAGGCCAAGGCUACCAUCACUCAGCUACAGAAGAGAGAGAGAAACCUUCUCGACAAGCUGACGACCCAGGCUAGACGUCAGAUUCAGCGAGGAUGUAAGUUUGAGGACAUUUCUCUGACAGCUCGUCCAACCCAACUGGUCAGGCGAUACGAAACCCUCUACACACAGAGCCGAGUGGAUGCCCUGGACAGUAUGGACGCCAUCCUGAGGAGAGAUGGCUUCUAUGUACAGGAUAACCUGAAGAACAAAAUAGCUUUUACAGUAAUGCUGUUGUCCUACAGAUGUGCUGAGGAGAGGUUGAGUGAGCUGCGGUCCAGCGUGUUCCGCCUGCUCCCCGUGCCAGAGGGCGCUGCUUCACCACGACAGAAAGCCUCCGCAGCUGAGCUGGACGGCUGCAUCAACAACUACCUCUGCACAGCAGCCGACAGCUGGGAUACUGGAGCAUGUUAUCAGGAUGUGGUGGGGAAACUGUGUGAAUGUCUCCAGGAAUUCUCCGCCCUUCAGGAAUCCGGAAGCGUCACGAGUUACAUCCGGGAGUGCGUGCAGCUCUCGUGGGCGCUGUGCGUACAGACGCCACCUCUCACCCUACACUACAGCGACGCCGUCUUCAACCCCUCCCUACACGAGCGCUUCCACUCGUCUGAUCCCAGCAGCGACAAAAUCCGAGACUUCCUGUGGCCGGCUCUCAUGGAGGAGCAGACCUGUCUACAUAAGGGUGUCAUCAUGACAGGGGAGGAGGAACAUAGACUUUAGUUUCUCGCUUCUUGUUCAAAAUCGAUGACAAGAGUUCAGUGAACUCAUACCGGUGCUUCAGUGAAAUUUUGUCUUAUGGAAGUUCAUUGAUUAUCACAAUAAGGUUGUGAUAAGCAUUACCCGUAACUGAAAAAACACACUGAAAACAGUGCCUCCCCAUGACCUCGAAAGUCUGUCACCUGUCUGAGCCAAAGUUGAUGAAUCGACUAAUCCUACCACCUCUGAACUCUACUUCCUGUAACUCCCUCAACUCUGACCGUUUGCCCGUCACCUCUUGUCACUCUGACAGGUGACGUUAUGUGGAAAUAUGCACAGAAGUACAAACAAACCAGGAAAAAACCUUUGAUAAUAAAAGUAAAAAAAAUAUCUGAUGGUAAGAGUGUGUUGAAUCAAAAUUUGGUUCUCCCACACUAGCUCAAGUAAAAAAUAUCCACAAUGUUUGGAGCUUAGUAUUCUCUUAAAGUUUGUCUCUCUUAUCAUCAUGACAAAGUCAUAAGUUAUCAGACAUUUGAAUUCAUUGGUUUGAAUGAAAAAAAAACUUAGUGGAAGAAAACAAACACUGUUAAAUCAAAACAUUACACAUUUCCAGCACGUUAAAGAACCCACUGCACUUAUUGAAAAGAUUAGGGGUCAAAUGUGUUUCAAAUACUGUCCUAUUGCCGCACCUCGGCAAUUACAGUUGUACCAAAGUCACCUUUGCCGAAAGGAAGCUGCUCCAAGCCUUUGCGAUUGCGUAGUAUUAAUAUUAAGCUCCUCAAAUAGAGAGUAGUCAACCCACCCAAUAACAAUCUACAUGUAUAUAAUUAUAUAUAUAUACUUCAAACUUGUACACCAUUUGCCUUGUCAGUGCAAGCCUGCGGAAAUGCUGCUGCUAUCUUCAGUAUUACUUUUGUAUGCAAUACAAUAAACCAUUCUUACCGUAUGGUAUAAAACCAACACAAAAUGUUUGUAAAUUUGAUUUUCGAUUGACCUUAUCUCUUAUAUUACAUUCCUUACAAUUAUACUUCUCAAGAUUUUAAGGUAGGCAUGUCCAAAAGAUUCCCUUGGUAAUGAUUGGGUAGAAUAUACUACUCGACUGAAGUACCUCAUACAGACUACCAGUUCAGUUCAGUUCAGUUAGACUACCAUAUUAAUCUAUUUACUUUUUUUUAUAAGAGGUAAAGGCAAUAAAAUCUGAUAACAUUAUCAAUGUGAUCCAUAAAAUUUUAUUCUUAUUUUCUUUGUCCUCAAUAUUCAGCACAUUUAACCACAAUUUGUUACAACUCUUUUAAUGAUGGUAAGAACAUUCAAAGUCAGUUUGCACUUUGUAAAUGUACAAGUCUUAGAGCAGCAUUUAAAAAGAUUCUAGUCCUUGGCAUAGUAGUUAACUUCAGAUGAAGUAUGGCUUUGCUUCUACGGGUAAUUGUUAGUAUAACAGUUUUCUGCUCAGGCCUCUUUGAUUCUUAAGACUUAAAGUUAUAACAAUUUAACUUCAAUGUAUUUAAAGUAUAAACACUAAUCGAUUAUGUACAUCUUGAGCUGGACCAGGUGUAGUUUCAUAUACUAUCUGUCAAAAUCAUUGUUACAGUAUCACUUUUAUGUUUGUGUACAUGUACAGUACCAACUUGAAGAUGAAAGUCCAUUUUAAUAAUUAAUAUUAAUGAUUUAAAGUUCUACAUUGUAUCUCAAUCACUAAUGAAAAAAAUGAUAAAAAGAAGUAUUCCUAAUCAUGACAUUUUCUGAACUCUAAAAUCAACCUACAAACUAGUAAAGAAAACAUAAAUUAUAACAGAGUAGCCAGAAAGAUCUAAUUCCUUGGUUCUUGCAAAAUGUUGUAAAAUGCAACUUGCAAAUAAUGAGAUAUAAUGUAUAUGUAUGGCAUGGGCUAACAUAACAAGGGCAGCUAUUGGUAGUAAUUAAAAGUACAUGUCAUUCUCCCUUUAUCAUCAUAAUGUCAGGAAAGCAAGACAUCUUGUCAUUGCCUUAUGUAUGGAACAAUAAAUUGUAAGAAAUUUG